AUGCUAAUUGCCGAAUCUACGAUGGUCAGCCUGCGAAAUGCCUCGACACGCCAGAUCACUUCACUUCCACAGCCAGCCGGGACUCGAACCCUUCCUAGCCGCUUGCCAGUAGAACCUGCCAUGCCACCGCCCAAGCGGGAGGAUGUGCAAGUUGGUGAGGAGAAGUGGAAGGUACCGUUCUGGCAGGAGCCGGAUGGCAACCUGAUCUACGCCAAGAGAGAGGGGUAUUUGCAGAAACGAGCAGGAAGAUCACGAUUCCGGUGGACCAUCAGGUUCUUCGAGUUGCAAGAUGGGCAGAUUCGCUGGUGGAGGCCGUCCUUUGCAGAUCAACUCCGGCAGCCCCGCCCGCCCCAGGUAGUCCGCAACAAAGAGCCGCGUCCUCGACCUGUGCGCUGCCUGGACCUCACGCAGCUGAAGCGCGUAACACGGACACAGGUGAAGUUUCCCUACUCUACUCGCAUCUUGCUCCAGUUCAAGGAGGACUACACAGACUACCAGCUCGAGCUGAGAUCGGAGCGGGAGCUGGAGAUCAUGGAAUGGUACAAGAUCUUGAUCCGGUUCACCAUGGAGAGCUGUGAAGCUGUGGUAGAUCGAGAUGAUGGUCGUGUUGCACUCGGCCAGGACAGCGAAACUGAUCUGGAUGCGCGAGCCCAGAUCAGCGUGAGUGGCUGCACCCACGUCAGCGUCGGUCCGAUUGUCAGGGGGAACUACUCCGUAGAUGGCUCCAACCACAACAAGCCGGCAUACCGGAAGGAGCAGAAGGUGAGUGGCCUGGACGUCAUGCUCUACUACUGGGACGAGCGCGAUGGUGUCGAGUUCAGUGGCUGGUGGUUUGGGCCGAAGAUUGGCGGCGACCAGGUGGUUGGGGUGGAGCUGCAGCAAGAGGCCUUGAAGCAGCAAGCCGAGGCUCGGCAGCAGCAGAUCCUGGCUGAAAAGAUGCGGCAAGCAGAGGCGUGUACCCGUGUACCUGCUGCGCCUCAGGAGAACAAGAAGAAGAUUGAGGCACUACUUGAGAAGCCUUCAGUUGCCGCGCAGGAGGAGAAAAAGAGGCAGGAAGAGGUGAAGAAGAGAGCAGAG